AGGGAGACCAGGAGGGCAAAGGUCACGGUUUGCUCCUGAUGGGAGGAAGGAAUCACUGGAAGAGGCCCCAUCAGUGUCUCAGACGAGACACCGGUGCCGUUGACUCAGUGAACUGAACCAGACUCAGCGAACCCCGAGAGUGUGCCACUGAUUCAGCUGCUGGGUCCAGAGUUCAGUCGUUUCAGCCGCAGUGUGUGGGGCUCGGAGUCGUGUCAGAAGCUGCUUCAGUCAGGCUGUCUUGUCUUGUCUGUCUGUCUGUCUGUCUGUCUGUCAUUUGCUGGGACACACAUUCAUUUCAAAUAAGUCUUGAAAGUGCGGACAUGUCCGGCAGCAGCACGGUCCCCGAGGAUGUGGACAGUGACGAGUGCUUAGUGAACUAUUCCUACAUUUUCAGUCCUUCUGUCUUGAAGGAGAAAGUGGCGUUCGUGACAGGUGGCGGUUCCGGCAUUGGAUUCCGAAUUGUAGAGAUUCUCAUGAGACAUGGGUGUCAGACUGCAAUUGCGAGCAGAAGCCUGGAGAGAGUGCAAGCGGCUGCGGAGAAGCUGAAAAUCGCAACAGGACAGCACUGCUUACCACUGAAGGCUGAUGUCAGGCAGCCGCAGACUAUUAUUGCUGCUGUGGAGGAGACCCUGUCGAAAUUUGGAAAAAUUGAUAUAUUGAUUAACAGUGCUGCAGGGAACUUCCUGAGUCCUGCCAGCGGCCUUUCAUUCAAUGCCUUCAGGACCGUGUUGGACAUCGACACAAUGGGAACCUUCAACACCAGCAAGGUCCUUUACCAAAAGUGGUUUAAGGAUCAUGGUGGAGUUAUCGUGAAUAUCACAGCUACAUUGAGCUACAGAGGACAGGCGCUGCAGGUUCACUCUGGCUCUGCCAAGGCUGCCAUAGAGGCGAUGACAAAGCACCUAGCUGUGGAAUGGGGUCCUGACAACAUCCGAAUCAACAGCCUGGCCCCAGGCCCUGUCUCUGGAACAGAGGGCUUUCGAAAGCUGGGUGGUUUGACGGCAGAUGCAGCUGAACAUUUUAAAAUGAUUCCUCUGCAGCGAGUGGGAAAUAAAACAGAGAUAGCACAUGGUGUGCUGUACCUUGUGAGCCCUGCAGCCUCCUAUGUAACUGGCACCACCCUAGUGGCAGAUGGUGGGCAUUGGCUGACUGCAGCCAACAACCCGGCAGCAAUGCUCAUCUCCUCCAAGAUGUAAGCCAGUGAAGUACGUGAGGAUCCUGUCUCUAUACCAUUCAAAGGCUGUUGAGAAUGUCUACUCACGUGAUAAACUUUCAACAAUAAAGCAACCGAAACCCA